AUGACUUCAAAGAAUUCAUACCGCAUUGCCUCUAUCCCAGGCGAUGGCAUUGGCCCUGAGGUAGUCAGCGCUACUAUCCAAGUCAUCGAGAAACUCGCAAAGACUCUUGGUACAUUCAACAUCGACUUUGAACAUAUCCCAUGGGGAACCGAGUACUACAAACAAACCGGACGAUAUGUAUCUGAAGGCUACCUCGACACUCUACGCCAGUACGAUGCUAUACUAUUCGGUUCCGUUGGAUCACCUGAUGUCCCCGAUCACAUCUCACUCUGGGGUCUUCUCCUCGCCCUGCGCGGCCCACUCCAACUAUACGCCAACGUCCGACCAGUCCGCACCUUCCCAGGAACCAAAUGCCCCCUCAACACAGCAACCAACGGCAUCGACUGGAUGCUCGUACGCGAGAACUCCGAAGGUGAGUACGCAGGCCAAGGCGGACGGUCCCACGUCGGACAGCAAUGGGAAGCAGCGACAGAAGUAGCGCUAUUCACACGGGUCGGCAUCGAGCGGAUUAUGCGCUUCGCAUUUGAGACAGCGCGGUCUCGGCCGCGUAAGCUCCUAACCGUCGUCACGAAGAGCAAUUCCAUGCGCAACGGGAUGGUAUUGUGGGAUGAAGUUGCCGCACUUGUGGCAAAGGACUUCCCGGAUGUCAGCUGGGAUAAGAUGCUUGUUGACGCGAUGACUGUUCGGAUGGUUGUGAAGCCGGAGUCGAUUGAUACGAUCGUCGGAACGAACUUGCAUAUGGAUAUUUUGUCGGAUCUUGCUGCUGCGUUGGCUGGGUCGAUUGGUGUUGCGCCUUCUAGUAAUCUGGAUCCGACGCGCAAGAAUCCGUCGAUCUUUGAGCCUGUUCAUGGUAGUGCUUUUGAUAUUACGGGGAAGGGGGUUGCAAAUCCGGUGGCUACUUUUUGGUCGGCGGCGGAGAUGUUGAUUUGGAUUGGGGAGGAGGAUGCUGCGGCGCAGUUGAUGGGUUGUGUGGAACGGGUUUGUGCCAAGGGGAUUCUGACCCCUGAUCUUGGGGGGACAUCUGACACUCAAGGGGUUGUGGAUGCGGUUUGUUUGGAGGUUGAGAAGUUGUGA